AUGGCGGCGGCGGAGCCGGGCUCUGGUCCGGGCGGCGGGGGCUCCGUGCCCGUCCUUUUCUGCUUCUCGGUGUUCGCGCGGCCCUCCAGCGUGCCCCACGGCGCCGGCUACGAGCUGCUGAUCCAGAAGUUCCUCAGCCUGUACGGAGACCAGAUAGACAUGCACCGCAAGUUCGUGGUGCAGCUCUUCGCCGAGGAGUGGAGCCAGUACAUCGACCUGCCGAAGGGCUUUCUGGUCAACGAGCGCUGCAAGGUGCGCCUGGUCCCGCUGCAGAUCCAGAUUACUACUUUGGGCAAUCUGACACCCUCAAGUACUGUUUUUUUCUGUUGUGACAUGCAAGAACGAUUCCGGCCUGCUAUCAAAUACUUUGGUGAUAUAAUCAGCGUGGGCCAACGACUGCUCCAAGGUGCACGGCUCUUGGGAAUUCCAGUUAUUGUCACUGAACAGUAUCCCAAAGGUCUUGGCAGCACUGUGCAAGAAAUUGAUUUAACAGGAGCUAAACUUGUGCUUCCCAAGACAAAAUUUUCAAUGGUGUUGCCAGAAGUUGAAGCAGCAUUAGCAGAGAUUCCUGGCGUCCGGAGUAUUGUCCUCUUUGGAGUAGAAACUCAUGUCUGUAUCCAACAAACGGCAUUGGAAUUAAUUGGCAGAGGUCUGGAAGUUCAUAUUGUAGCUGAUGCCACCUCGUCAAGAAGUAUGAUGGACAGAAUGUUUGCUCUCGAGCGUCUUGCGCGUACUGGAAUUAUAGUUACUACUAGUGAAGCGAUAUUGCUGCAGCUGGUAGCUGAUAAAGAACAUCCAAAAUUCAAAGAAAUUCAAAAUCUCAUUAAGGCAAGUGCCCCUGAGUCAGGGCUCCUUUCCAAAGUUUAA